GGGGGCGUGGGCCGCGUCCCGGCGGAAGCGCGAGAGACCGAGCAGGCACCGGGGGGAGCGGAGCGUGCCGGCGCCGGCUGAGCACACCGCACGCAGCACGGGGGACACGGCCGCCACCACGGAGCCCGCCAGCGCUAACACGGCGGCGACCGCCGCUUCGCGGGCCGGGGGUGCCGGGGAACAGCCGGCCUCGUUGCCCCCGCCCCCGCCGAGGAUGCCGCGCAGGAAGAGGAACGCGGGCAGUAGCUCGGAUGGGACUGAAGACUCUGAUUUCUCGACUGAUCCUGAGCACACAGACAGUUCUGAAAGCGAUGGCACAUCACGGCGAUCCGCCCGGGUGACCCGCUCCUCAGCCAGGCUCAGUCAGAGCUCGCAAGAUUCCAGCCCAGUCCGUAAUCCACCAUCAUUUGGAGCUGAAGAACCCAUCUAUUCCACACGGAGGGUGACCCGCAGCCAACAGCAGCCGGCUCCCGUGACUCCAAAGAAGUACCCUCUCAGGCAGACACGCUCCUCGGGGUCGGAGACUGAGCAAGUGGUUGACUUUUCUGACAGAGACACUAAAAAUGCAGCGGAUCAUGAUGAGUCUCCGCCUCGUACCCCCACUGGAAAUGCCCCUUCCUCAGAGUCUGAUAUUGAUAUCUCCAGUCCAAACGUGUCCCAUGAUGAGAGCAUUGCCAAGGACAUGUCCAUGAAGGAUUCUGGAAGUGACCUGUCUCACCGCCCUAAGCGCCGCCGCUUCCAUGAAAGCUACAAUUUCAACAUGAAAUGUCCCACUCCUGGUUGUAACUCUUUAGGACACCUGACUGGAAAACACGAGCGACACUUUUCCAUAUCGGGGUGUCCGCUGUAUCACAAUCUCUCAGCAGAUGAAUGCAAGGUGCGAGCCCAGAGUCGGGAUAAGCAGAUUGAGGAGAGGAUGCUGGCCCAUCGGCAGGAUGACAAUAAUAGGCACGCCACCAGACACCAGGCACCGACAGAGAGACAGUUGCGGUACAAAGAGAAAGUGGCAGAGCUCAGGAAGAAGCGGAACUCGGGACUGAGCAAGGAACAAAAGGAAAAGUAUAUGGAGCACAGGCAAACCUACGGCAACACCAGAGAACCUCUGCUUGAAAACCUGACAAGUGAAUAUGACCUUGAGCUCUUCCGAAGGGCACAAGCACGAGCAUCUGAAGACCUGGAGAAGUUGCGGCUCCAGGGACAGAUCACAGAAGGCAGCAACAUGAUUAAAACAAUUGCUUUUGGCCGUUAUGAGCUGGAUACCUGGUACCAUUCUCCCUACCCAGAGGAGUACGCUCGCCUGGGCCGCCUCUACAUGUGUGAGUUCUGUCUCAAAUACAUGAAGAGCCAGACAAUUCUGCGCAGACACAUGGCCAAAUGUGUUUGGAAACAUCCACCCGGUGAUGAAAUCUACCGCAAAGGCUCCAUUUCGGUGUUUGAGGUGGAUGGGAAAAAGAACAAGAUCUACUGUCAAAACCUGUGUCUGCUGGCAAAGCUUUUCCUGGACCACAAAACACUGUAUUAUGAUGUUGAACCCUUCCUCUUCUAUGUCAUGACAGAAGCUGACAACACGGGCUGUCACCUGAUCGGCUAUUUCUCCAAGGAGAAGAAUUCCUUUCUCAACUACAACGUCUCUUGUAUCCUGACAAUGCCUCAGUAUAUGAGGCAAGGUUACGGCAAAAUGCUCAUCGACUUCAGCUAUUUGCUUUCUAAAGUAGAAGAGAAGGUUGGCUCUCCAGAACGCCCUCUGUCUGAUCUAGGUCUCAUCAGUUACCGUAGUUACUGGAAGGAGGUUCUCCUUCGUUACCUACACAAUUUCCAAGGAAAAGAGAUCUCUAUAAAAGAAAUCAGCCAGGAGACAGCAGUGAACCCCGUCGACAUUGUCAGCACCUUGCAGGCACUUCAGAUGCUCAAGUACUGGAAGGGAAAGCACCUGGUCCUGAAAAGACAGGAUCUGAUUGAUGAAUGGAUAGCCAAAGAGGCAAAACGAUCCAACAGCAAUAAGAUAAUGGAUCCCAGCUGUUUGAAAUGGACCCCUCCUAAGGGUACUUAAGUGUGUCUCGCUUCUGAAACCAGUGAACCCCAGCAGUAGGAAGCAUCCUAGGGAUCUCUGUUGUAUCCGUUGCUGUUGUGAUUGGCUGGUACAGUACCUCCCAAAAGAUCAGUUCCCCUUGGUACUGCUCUGGCCCAGAUCUUUUGUAUGCAACACAGACGCUAGUUCUGAGGAACUUUAUCAUAGAGUCUUGGAAUUGUUUGGGUUGGAAGGCACCUCAAAGCCCGUCCAGUUCCACCCCACUGCCAUAAGCAGGGACACCUCCCACUGGAUCAGUCUGCUUAAGGCACAUCCGACCUGGCCUUGAACACCUCCAGGAUGGGGCAGCCACAAUUUCUCUGAGCAGCCUGGGUGAGGGCCUCCCCACCCUCAGAGGAAAAUUUCACAAGAGCGGAGUAGAGGGGCAGAAUCCCCUCUCGCCCUGCUGGCCACGCUGCUUUCAAUGCAGCCCAGGAUACGGUUGGUCUUCUGGGCUGCAGGCACACAUUGCCAGCUCAUGUUGAGCUUCUCCCUCUAUGUCCCUGUCUGCAUCCUGGUGGGGUGAGGAUACCGAAUCCCUUUGAUCAGGGGCUUUUUCUGGUGGUUGUCUCUUCCUGUUUCAGGGAGCUCAGGGUGCGGCUCCACCAGUCUAUCUCUUCCUCAAACUCCCUGAUGCUCAUUAGCCUCUCUACUUAGUAUCGUAACUGCCACCAGACUGAGGAGAUCAUCCACCUGCUUGCACCUCAUGCAGCUGUACCCCUGCUGCCCUCUGUUUCCAGUGCACGCUGGGGGCACUCCCUGCAGCCUGGGACCUGGACGGCUGCGUGUUUUCCUGGGAGCUCAGUCUGAGCUGAUGCCUCCCUUCUGGCAGGUGCAGAGAAUGCAGCCUCCCGCCACAUGGACACCGUAGCUGGGGUCCGUCUCUCUGACUGAACUCGCCUCCUGAGCGUGGAAACUGCCUUCCCUGUGCCCUGCCCUCGUUUGCCUGCUCCUGGUUGCAGUGCUGCGGUUGCUGGCACUCCUUAGCAGCUGUUUAAAUCUCCCGCAGAUGCUUCUGGGACUGCCCCCCGUGCGUCAGCGUCACGUGGCAGCUGCUGUGACUGAGAGUCAGGAUCCACCCGCCCCUAGGUCCCUGUUGGGGGGUUCCCUUGUUCCACAGAGCGUGUUUUCUCCCUCAGUCUAGCACCUGUCUGCAGAACUUACCAUGCCUGCUGAUUCUUGCCGAUUUUAUGUUUCGGCCUCAAUGAGGUUGCAAGGAUUGGAUUUGUAUAGGACCCCAAUGAAGUUCCGAGCAGCACUGGCCCGAGGAGUUCUGAUAUCUGGUACUGUACCUGUCCAGUCACUGGUCUCACCCUCAUGUUCGUAUUCUGAUGAGGUUGUGUUGUGUUCUAUAAUCUGGUUGUUUCUUCCUUCAGUUUUUUUGCAUUCUAAGUAAUGGAGGUAAUUUCUGUGGCGUUUGAACAAGGUCUGAUGAUGCAUAUUUGGGGAAAGCCCGAGUUUCCAAUGCCCUGUAGUUACAUGACUUCAGCAUUUUUAACCAGUCCUGCUGGGCUGUUCUGUUCCAUGAAUCACAAAGAUUUAGUGGGAUCACACACCACCUCUUCCAGCAGGGUUUCCGUGUAACAUAGCAGGUCUUCACGUAGUUACUAUUGUACAUCAGGAGCUUGUGUGGUGUGAUUGUGUGUUACCUGGGAGUAGCUGAGGCUGAGUACAACCCUGGGAGCUGAAAUGUCUUGGAGCUGCUGCUGUUCUGUGCUCCAAAAGCGACUGCAGUGCCUCACCUGCUCGAGACGCCUCUCUGAUUAUUAUUCCUGUUUUUUUCUGAUUUAUCUCUUGCAGUUGGUGGGUUCCUUUGCACAGAAACAGACUGUUCACUAUAUUUCACUGGAGGUAUUUUUCCCAGAGCAGUCUUCCUUGAAUUGUGGGCGGCUCUGUGCAAACUUUAGUCAGGUUUUGGUAGCCUUGUCCAAACUGCCACAGAAACUCCACCGUGCAAAUAUGCCGGUUGUUGGAUUGCCUGCAGCACGUUUGGUGCACUGGUGGCAGCCCCACUUCGGUGUGUGGAUGGUUCGCUUCUCUGACAGUGCGUUCUUGUUUGUCUUUGUAAAACGAAAAAGCUUUUCCUUCCUCUGUCCCUCCGUGCCACCAGGAAAAACUUGUACAAUGGCUUUCCAGUAUAACCACUGUCCUUGUGCCACAGGUUUCCUCUAUGGCUCCAGUGUGAUUAAAGGAGGGGAUGAGCUUGGGGUAGGUGAUGGCAGCAUCACACAGUGCUGAUUUCAUUUGAACCUUCCAAAGCCGCCUCAUGGAAUGGUGUCUGAAAUGAAGCACUUGCGGUUUGUGGGUAGGUAGGAGCUGUUUCCCAUUAACCACUGAGCCCCCCUCAUGUGGAGAAGUUCUCUGUCUCUCUCCUGAUGGUUGUCUGCCUUCCUCUGCCUCCUUGAACAAGAAAAAAUGGCAUCAGCACAUGGUGUGUACCUCGUGGGCAUUACUGAAUUCUGCUGCCUCGUGCCCUUUGCUCCCCUAUUGUCAUGAGCUACAGAUACUUGUGAAACUGCCCAACAAAGUAGAUCUCUUGUGGAGUAGGGAAGAAGGCCAUUCUUGUGCAGAAGCUCAGCCCUGUUCCCAGGAUGUGGUAGAAUGUGCUAUUCCUGUACCUACUGCUCAAUAAAGCAUGGUCUC